AUGAACUCCCUCCGCGCCUUUCUGCUCCGCUCCCUACCUCAGCGACGACCACCCAGCCUCAACCGCCUAGUGUUAGCGGGAAGACUAAGAGCAAUAGGACUCAGUCCAACAAUUCCCCUCGCACUUGGGCACUGGCACUAUGUCGGGGACACAACGCAGGGGCAUAGACCGAACUCAACCAAGGCCAGCCAGCCGAACGACAAGAAAAAGCCGACUGGGAAAGGAAAGAAGCCGAGACUGACAAAGGAAGAACAGGAAGAAAGAAGAAAGAAGCAGGAGGAAGUCGUCCGAAACUUCAACGAGUUCAUAGGCGGGAGGAAACUCAAGGAUUGGAAGAGACUGUGCGACACCAUUGGUCUGGAAGGCGAGUUUAAGAGUAUCCAGAGCUGUCGAGAGGCCAUCGAAACCGUGCUCGUCAACAUCUACGACGUUCUCGAAGCCGAUAGGACCAUUCAGGCUGGAGGGAAAGCAAGGCCGCAGAGAUUCCCGACCCCGCAGGCACUCUCCAAGUAUACCGUGGAGCAUAAAAAGAUCUAUCCCAGGGAGAAUGUCAUCAAGAGCGAGCCGGAGGGGGCGUUGUUGAAGCAUAUUUCCGACCCGGAGUUGGAGGAGAAGUUGCAGAGGGAGAGGGAGGAGAGGUUGAGAAAGAAGAAGGAGGCGAAGUUGAAAAAGAAGGAGGACACGAAGUUGAAUAGGGAGAAGGAGGAAAAGCAGACGGAAACUGGAAGUACCUGA